GUGAAAUGUGUUUGUCAACACACGAUCGAUUUUAUUACUUCUUCAAUUUAAUAAAAUAAUAUUAUGUGAUCCCAUAAUAUAAUUUUAACAGCGAACCCAUUUUUAAAAAGUUCUGUUCAAUUUAUUUCGCCCCAUUAGUAUAACACUUGGAAGCGUUAAGUUUACAAACCCGAACAAAUGGUACAAAUAUGUGACUAAUUGUGUUUAAUUAAUAAACUAUUCACACUCGUUUGCAAUCGAGUGUUUUUUUUAUAACAAAACAACUUCCUAAAUUAAAAAUCAAGACUUAAGUUAUGGUGUAUUGUGCAACGUUUAGAAAAAAAGUGCCGCAUUGAAGUGAUUGUACUAUACUACGUUUAACGUACAAUAAAAAUCAAUAUUAUGCAGUGGGUUACCUAAGUGCAAUUAGGUUGCAUUAAAUGACCUAAAAUUGUUUGCUAAUCGAUUAUAAUGUAGGAUUAAGACUCGGUUACGUUCUAAACUCGUUUAAAAAUGAUGGAAGGGCUGUUGGCACACCGCGUUACGCCUCUACUGAAAUGUAUGGUGUUAUUUCUGUUUAUAUUUACGGCGAAAGUGUUAACAUCGCGACCACAAGAAUCUCAGGACUUUAGAAACAGUAUACACCAUCAGAAACCGGCGCACUACGUACGUACGUUCACUAAAUAUCACCAUAGAAGAACUAUACAGUGGAAUAACCAAGAUGCUUCAACAUAUUGGCCAAUAACUCAAGACCAACCAAAAGUUAUAGCGAAAAGAAGUGUGGACAUUCUAAAUUCGAAUGAUUACUUAACUGAAGGCGAUGGGUUUAACCAAUUAGCUUCCAAGUCUGUUAGGGAGAACAUUAUUACUGAUAAGUCAGCUAUAAGCACGGGUAACCAAAAUGGGUUAAGCAAUGAAGUUAAGAAGGCCAAGGUAAAGCCAGCCGUGGUAGUGACAGAGAAGCCAACGACUCUCAGCCCGACUAUAACCUGUUUGUACAAGAUUGAGAGUGUGGCAAUGAGUGUAACACCAGUAUCUUAUGAAGAUGACAAGAAUGCUCAGUUGGUGGUUGAAAAUGAAAUUUUUGACACAGGCAUUCUGUCGGAGACAACGCUCCCAAGCGGUGAGGUGGUCCAAGUAGAACAAUGUACGGACCCUAAAGCAUACUGCUAUACUCUGUGGAACCAUGACAAUGAAGGCAACAUUACAGUUUUGGGACAAGGUUGUUGGCGCUACUCGCAACCGGAAGGUCGCAACAGUUGUGACAAAUGCACGCGCGUGACCACCAAACUGCUAGCCGGGGUCUUCUGUUGCUGCAGCAAGAGUUACUGCAAUGCUGACUUCACUUCCCUGAAAGAAGAGACGGUUACAAUAAAAGCGGAAUCGACAAUGGAAAGUGCAACGCACCCUAACUACUCCAGCAUCGUGGCGUCCGCCAUUUUGGCUCUGGUCGCCAUUUUGUUGAUGGCCAUAGUGUUUAGAAAGGUGUACUGCAAACGUGUAGACCUUGACAAAGAUGACUUGAGUGACGGAGUCGACAUUGAGAAAGGUGAUAUCAUGGGCAGUGGACCAGACGCCUUAGCUACUGGUUUAUUAUGUGUGGACAAUCUCACUCUUAUUGAACAUAUAGGUCAAGGCAAAUUCGGCUCAGUUUGGCGAGGGAGUCUAGGUUCGACUCCCGUGGCGGUCAAAUUAUAUUCAAGCCCGUCCGCGUGGCAUAAAGAGGCAUCCGUAUAUGCUAUUCCGCAUCUGGCGCAUCCCAACAUUCUGCGAUACUACGGUAGCGAUAGCCGCGCAUCUCUAAUGGAAGCGGGUGGGAGAUCACAACUGGUGGUACUAGAACUAUGCGCAGAGUCUCUUAGGCGACGACUGCAGAGGUCGCCACUGUCCUGGCAUGAGUUCGCGUCGCUUGCGCAUGGUCUGGCCGCGGCGUUGGCCCAUCUUCAUACACCUGCCGCAACAAAGCCAUGCGUGGUACAUCGCGAUGUUAACAGCGGCAAUGUACUAGUGGCAGCCGACGGCACCGCUCGCCUCGCUGACCUAGGCCUGGCACAACCCUUACUGCCGAGAAGGGACCAUUCCACCCCCAGUCGCAUCACUGAGGCUGGCACUCUUCGCUACCUCUCACCAGAGGCUCUAGAGGGUGCUUUGGACUUGAGCGGCGCAAGAGCGGCGUUAUGCGCCGUGGAUGUAUUCGCGAUGGGUCUAGUUCUAUGGGAGAUGCUGUGGCGCUGCGCGGGCGCACAUGUUAGAGUACCACCCUACGCGCCGCCCUACCAACACCACGGCCUGCCGCCCAAGCCCACCCUCACUCAAAUGCAGACUCUGGUGUCCCGCAAUAAGUCCCGGCCGCCGCUGCCCAAAGGCCCCGUCCCGGAAGCCCGUGUUCUGAAGAUUGCCACCGACACCUGCGACGAAUGCUGGGACCAUGACGCUGAAGCUAGAUUGACAGCAGUGUGCGUAGAGGAACGAAUGGCUGAGCUGAAGAUGAUGUUGCAAAUUCAGGGUCCAGUGAUCCACGACAAUAAUCUGCAUCCGCAUCCGCCUGCUACGACGGAACAGCACCCAUUGCCGGAAACAGAUAAAAUCACAAACUGCACCCUCGCACAAUACGGUGACGUCACCACACCCCUCCUCUAUCCAGACCCACACAUAGGCAGAAACGCGUGCAUACAACGCAACACGAACACCAACACACACACGCACACAGUCGAACUCAUACACAAAAGCCUAAAAGACGUUACAGCACCAGAACCAAGACAACCAAGACAGCAAAAUAUAGAACAGAACUGCUUGUCUAUGGCAAGAACGCAUAGAGCACAAGCUAGAGAACAUUCAGACAGAUUAAACGAAAUAAGGUCAUAUCAGAGACCCAUAGACUAUGUCCCAAACGAUGUCACCUCACAUGACAUAGACAGGAUCAAACAAACCAAUCUACUCCAAGAAAAAGACAAACCCAAAUGGGGUAUACGCAAAUUCUUCGAGAAAAAACUGAAACCGAAAGAAACUGAAGUAAAACUUGAACAUUCUAGUAAUCCAACACAAAACGGCAAAACCAAAACGUCUCUAGUUGACAAACAGAGUAACAUAACUUUCGAUAGACCGUCAAAUUUAGUCAUAAACGAUGAUACAGCGUUCAAUUAUGGCCCAGGAACAUUAUCACCACCAAAUAAAACCCUAUCGCCUACAAUGAUUAUUGAAUCAGAAAUGAAUACAGAUAAAAUGUUCAAAGAAAUACCUUCAAACGAUGAAAGGAACCAAAUUUUCGCUGUAAUAGUACCUAAAGUUAAAGUACCAACCGAUUUGAGUAACAGCAAAACGUCCAAAGGUAGUUCCGAAAGUUUGAAACGAUCUGUUAGAACAUCAAUGUCUUCGCAAAGUUUGUUUAAAGCGGGUAGUUCAGAAUCUGAAGAUUCAACGAUAAAAAAACGUUUGAGUUGCGAUAAUAGAAUAAUAACUAACUCAAACAGUGGUCGAUCAUCAAGAGUUAGUAUCAAUUUGGAACUGCAAUACAUAGAUAAUGGUCAAAAUGACAAUUUUAAUAUCGAAAGUCCGUUCGAUCUAAACUCUGAUUGUUCGAGCAGUGAAGAUGAGCAUUUGAUGUUACUAUCUGAAAAUGGAGGUUCCAAGAUUACAAUGCAAGCGAUUCCACGGAAUUUGGACGAUAAGAAGAAAAAUGAAGUGUUAAAAGAAGCGACGCAAACCAAAACGGAUUUUGGGUUCAACAAAUUCCAUAACAAAUACACGAAUUUCGAUAACGAAUUUAGCGAUCCGCACGAUAAAGAGAAUUUAGUAAACGGUUACAGUGGAGACAAUCCAGUAUAUUUAGCGGCUUUAAACGGGGAGAUAGAUGCGACAGAUUUGAAACUGAUGCCAUCCGGUAGUUCGGAACCCAAUCCGAAAUCACCUAAGCCUUGUCUGAAGUCUUUGUCAAUAAAACGGCAGCAUUCUCUGGAACAGGUCAGCGAUAUAUUCUCUUCAUCGAGUGACGUGAAUUUGCAAAAUCCAGCCGGCAGGGUCAAAACGCCAGGGGAUCUACCUGUUGCAAUCAGAAGGGCUAGAAGAGAUCGGGCGUUACAAAAAGGAAGGGCAAGCGAGUGUAACAGACUGAGUCUGUAUGACGACAGAAUGAUGUUCGGGAAUAGUUUGUAAAUGUAAAUUCUUUUCGUACAUUUGUUAUUGUGAUAUUAUUCUCUUUUGCAUGCUGAGCGCAGUUCGAAAUCUUUUUCCAAAAGUUUUUUUUCUAAUUUUAUCAAGUGACACUUAGAUAAACUACGCCAUUGAUAUAUUUUCGUCUUCGAGUGACGUUUUGCUAAAUCCAUUAGGCAGAUUCAAAACGCCAGGUGAUCUACCUGUUGCAAUCAGAAGGGCUAGAAGAGAUCGGGCGUUACAAAAAGGAAGGGCAAGCGAGUGUAACAGAUUGAGUCUGUAUGACGACAGAAUGAUGUUCGGGAAUAGUUUGUAAAUGUGAAUUCUUUUCGUACAUUUGUUAUUGUGAUAUUAUUCUCUUUUACAUGCUGAACGCAGUUCGAAAUCUUUUUCUAUGUUUUUUUUCUAAUUUUAUCGAGUGACACUUAGAUAA